CCGCCGACUUCUCACGAGGCACGACUCCCUCUUUAGUAGAACAAACCCUCUAUAUAAGAAGUGAUAACUCGCGGGCGAAGCUUCCCCCCGCGAUCCCCAAUGGCGAACUCGAGAAGCCCUAGUCCCUUCUUCGUCGUUCUCUUCGGCUUCUUCCUCUUCCUCAUCUACUCCAUGUCGGAUGUGCAUCGGAAUUGGACCCCGCAAGGAUCAAAGAGGAGUUCCCCGAAGAAAUUGGAUCAUCUGAUCCUCGGCGACACCCCGGGCCAGGGCCUACCCAACCGUCUCCAAUGCGACGGCCUUAAAGCUAUGAAUAAGAUCGAUCUGUCAAAUGAAAAUCUUAAUUCAAGUGAAAGAGUUUCCUUCGUCACUGUAUUUACUGUUUAUAAUUCUGACUUUACCGGCACGAAUGAAAAGUUACAUGACGUGGUUACUGUUGGGAACAUUGCAUAUAGUAAGGUAGAUAGAUCAAUGGCGAUUCUCGGCACUUUCAUCAAGUUCAUACAGGUGUCGAUGCCAAGAAGCAGUGUUAUCAUAUUGACUGAUCCUGCUUCGAAAUUUUCAAUCAACCACCAGAAUGCAAUUUUAUUGCCUAUCCCAGGAGACUAUUCACGGGAAAGUCUGAUGGUGCAGAGAAUCAGGUCGUACAUUGCAUUUCUUGGAAAAAGGCUUGAGGAGAAUGAGAGCCUUGAGGGAUCUAUUCAUUUCAUAUUCACUGAUUCUGAUAUUGCAGUGGUUGAUGACGUUGGACAUAUAUUCCAGAAAUAUCCUAAUUUCCAUCUGGCUCUUACUUUCCGUAACAACAAAUAUCAACCUAUUAAUUCUGGAUUCAUUGCAGUGAGAGGCACUCUGGAUGGAAUCACCAAGGCAAAAAUAUUUCUACAGGAAGUCCUAGAUGCAUACAACACGAGAUAUACGAAGGCGUACCGCAUGCUUGGAGAUCAAUUAUCUCUUGUCUCGGUUGUUAAAUCUCAUCUCCCAUCGGCUUUUCAAAAAUUUUCAAGACAAAAAGCCUUUGCAGGUGAAGUCAAUGGUGUAAUAGUGCAGUUUCUACCGUGUGCUGUUUAUAAUUGGACCCCGCCUGAGGGAGCUGGUCAGUUUCAUGGAAUGCCCUUGGAUGUUCAGGUUGUUCAUUUCAAGGGUUCAAGGAAACGGUUGAUGCUAGAAUCUUGGAACUACUUCAAUUCGACCUCUAGCAGGUCUAAUAUGCUCUGCCUUAUCCUAAGGAGUGGGAGGACGAAAUACGACUUUUGAAUUCUUUUUCCCCUCUGCUGAACUCAUAACAACAUCGAUCCUACUCGUUGAACCGUCGAUGGUAACUAGUCGACUCAACUAGUCGACUCGGUCAUCUCCUAUGAGUCAGAAUGGUCUGCUUUUUCUCUGCAAUCGACCACUUCUUGUCCAUUCAUGCCUGCAUACAAUGAAGAGUAGAAGUCUCCUGGAAUAGUGAUUUGAAAAGCUUUGAGGUACUCGAAGUAUAGCCCGUCAUCGAGCAGAUAGCAAAUGGGAUUUGGUCUAUUGUUUUUCUUCAGGUAAAAACAUACAGAACUUAACUUACCUGGCCUAUUGACCAUUUUUAAUCUGUCUACCAAAAUGUUUAAAAUUUUAAUUUUACUAUCUAAUCUUUUAAUUUUAUGUGAUUUAAGUUAA